AUGCUACUCUGCAGUUUUCUGUUGUUUGCCAGCAUUUCCAGACUUGGCGAAACGCUGAAAUGCGUUCAGUCGACGACUUAUGAGGACAAAAUGCUCGAGGCGCCAGUCGCCGUGGAAUGUCAAGGAAAAGUUUGCGUCAAGACCAUGCAGCUCUCUACACAACAAAGUAAGAUAGAAAGAAAUAUGUCGCAUUUGGAUCUUAAAUAAUACUUUGUGAAAUUGCAAGCUCGCAAUCACAAAUGGAUCCUACUCGUGUCGAACUUAAUGCUUAGAAUACUCAACGCUAAAAAUGAUUAUUUGACGGUUAGAAUUCAAAAAGAACAGCUGUAAAAAUUUUUUUCGAGCUGGUGAUAAGAAAAUAAACUUGAAUUUAAAAAAAAUUGCGAAACGUGCCGUCAGCCUAUUCCUUAUGUCAACUCAUCUCGUUAUUUCACCCACUACGCCAAGAACAAGUGGAUUUUUGAUUCUUGGUCUCUACUUGAAUAAAAAUAACUGAAAUUCACUAUGUUUUCUUUGUUUCGUCUUUCUACUUUAUUGAAACUUUUCCUUUUCAAUGCUAAUUAAGCUAAAUCUCUGAUGGUUUUUAGAUAUUAAGAUAUUCCAGAAAAGAGUUGUUUAAAGCAUAAAUUGAGAGCUUGAAGAGAAAGGAGACUAUAAAUAUGAAGAAAUUCGAGAAAAAUGAUAACUGUUUUUUUUUCAAACUCGGAAUGCAUUUCAUUUUUAAUUCUUCGGAGAAUUCGGAAUCAUAAAAAUAUUAGUAUCCUUAUCGUUCCAAAUUGUAAUAAUUCUCCAACUGUGAACAUCUGGGUGGCGACUUUAUUCGUGCUCGAAACUGAAAAACGCAAUUUCGAGAAAAAAAAAGUGAAACUUGUUUCAGACAACACAAAACUGUUGGCAAUCCACCGAGAAUGCUAUGAACACGACCGAUUUGGAGAGGAGGGCUGUACAGAUACAUAUAACGGCACUAAGACAAGAAGGACGGGACCUCGACUCAUCACGUGUUUCUGCAGUGAGGACUGGUGCAACUUCUGA